GUGGGCGAACUGCGAAGAAUUCGACCGUGGCGUUAGUAAGCUAUGGUUGAAGAGAAUUGCGGACGAAGGUGACGAAGGGCGGAUCAAGAGAGAGGUAGCUGAGCGGUACAUCAUGGCCUCUGUGGUCUCAAACAGUGUCAGCGGGGAGUGGAUGUCUACUAAUCAGAUGGCCCAAGAAUUCGCGGGGCUUCCGCCUCGAGGUAACGCGGUGAAGACAUGUUCUCCCCGAAUCAACCUUUAUCUCCCUCUGCACCAUCAUGUUGAAAGCGUGCACUUUACUCAUGCUGAUGGAAGGACAUUACAUCCCGCACUUGCAAUCGUGCAAACUCCAGGAAGAGAAUACUAUAUUUUGAAGGAUAACGGAAUGCAGGUUGGAUGCGAAGAAGACGGAGUGGCAGGUGUUUGGAUGCAGGUGUUGGGUUGUAGCAAUCGCGGUUUGGAAGAUAAACGGAUGCAAGGAAGUUAGCUAUCUUGGUUUUCCGAGAAUGCCCUAUCUCUUGAACCUACUAAUUCAAUGCAGCCAGCUUGUCUGUCAGAUUGUAAAGCGAAUACUGUACUAGUAGUAUAAUGAAUAACACGGAAAUG